UGCUGCUCAGAAAACGGAUUAAUUUUCGUGUGACUCCUGCCCGCGGAGUUAUUAUUGAGAGGAACCAUGGAUGAGGUCUUGGAAAUUUCAGAGAAGCUGGAAAAGUCUUUGACUGUGGACACUGAGGACAGCAUGGAAGCCUACCACAGAUUCAUUGACGAUGGGAAGGAUGUUGCCAGACAAGGGGAUCUACAGAAAGCACUUGAGUACUUCAGGCUGGCUUACAACAUUCUUCCGAGUGAAAAGCUGAAAGGUCGAAUCAAGAAAAUUGAAGACCUUCUGCAGGAUGACUUGGAAAAUGAAGAAGAGUUUGUCAACGUCAACAACAGUGGCUUAAUGCUCUUUAAAGAGUUACAUGACAAUCUUUAUGAUUACCAGCGAGAUGGAGUAGUCUUCUUAUACAAACUCUACAGAGACAGGCUAAAAGGUGGCGUGCUGGCAGAUGACAUGGGCCUCGGUAAAACCAUCCAGGUUAUUUCAUUCCUCUCUGGCAUGUACGAUGCUGACCUGCUCCAACAUGUUCUACUGGUCAUGCCAACCUCGCUUAUUACUAACUGGAUAAAAGAGUUUGCAAAAUGGACUCCUGGAAUGAGGGUUAAAGAGUUUCAUGGUUCCAGUAAAGUGGAGAGAUCCAGGAACUUGCAGAAAAUUCAAAGAAGAGGUGGCGUUGCCAUAACGACAUACAGUAUGCUCAUCAACAACUGGCAGGAACUGUCCUCAUAUCAUGGCAGUGAGUUCACAUGGGACUGCAUGAUCCUGGACGAAGCGCACAAAAUCAAAACCACGACCACUAAAACAGCCAAAAGUGCCUAUGCCAUACCUGCCAAAAACCGAAUUCUUCUCACAGGUACACCAGUCCAGAACAACCUGAAGGAAAUGUGGGCUCUUUUUGAUUUUGCUUGUCAAGGCACACUCCUCGGCAGUGCCAAAACAUUCAAAACAGAGUACGAGAACCCCAUCACCCGUGCCAGAGAGAAGGACGCCACGCCCGGAGAAAAGGCUCUUGGGGCCAGGAUGUCUGAGACUCUUAUGGGCAUAAUAAAACCCCACUUCCUUCGUAGGACGAAAGCAGAAGUGCAAAAAAGCACAAUGAAAAGUUCGCAACAAUGCAAAGAUUUAAAUGACAAGAAUAAACAAGUUCCAAAUCUGCAAACAGGCCAAACAGCCUCCAUGCCCAUGCUGACAAGGAAGAAUGACUUGAUUGUUUGGACGUACUUGAGUGCUGUUCAAGAAUCCAUCUACAGGCAGUUCAUUUCCCUGGACCACAUUAAGGAGCUGCUCAUGACCUCCAGAUCCCCCUUAGCUGAACUUAAUAUUCUGAAGAAGCUGUGCGACCAUCCAAGGCUGCUGUCUGCUGGAGCCAUGUCCAAGUUAGGCUUGGAGGAAAACCACCCUGAGGACAACGGUGACCCUGACCUGGCGGCUCACAGCAUCGCCAACAUUCCCGAUGACACGCUGAUAAACGAGUCUGGAAAACUUGUGUUUCUGUUUGCGCUCCUGGAACGGCUCAGACAAGAAGGUCACCGCACGCUGGUCUUUGCUCACUACAGGAAAGUGCUCGACAUCAUCCAGCGGAUUCUGACCAACAGGGGUUUCAAAGUCAUGAGACUGGACGGCACAAUAACCCAGAUCUCAGAACGGGAGAGGCUCAUCUCUCUGUUCCAGACAGAUGCCCGCUACUCUGUUUUUCUCCUCACCACACAGGUUGGUGGAGUCGGCAUCACUUUAACGGCAGCAAACAGAGUUGUUAUCUACGAUCCAAGCUGGAACCCUGCCACAGAUGCUCAGGCUGUUGACAGAGCAUACCGUGUUGGCCAGAAAGAAAAUGUUGUCAUCUACAGACUGAUCACUUGUGGCACAGUGGAGGAGAAGAUCUACAGACGGCAGGUUUUCAAAGACUCACUAAUCAGACAGAACACUGGAGACAAGAAAAACCCAUUUCGCUACUUCAGCAAGCAGGAACUAAAGGAGCUCUUCACACUGGAGGACACGCGAUCCUCAUCCACACAACUUCAGCUUCAGCACUUGCACUCAAGACAGCGCAGAACCGAUCCUGAACUUGACGAGCACAUCGCCCACCUCCAUGCCAUGGAGAUGUUUGGUAUUUCUGACCAUGACCUCAUGUUUUCUGUUGAUGUCAACCAUGACGAGGGCCCAGAGGAUCAGGAGGAACACCACUACAUUGAAGGUAGGGUCCAGAAGGCUCAGGAGCUAAUGAAGGCAGAGUCAGAGUUGCAGAUGCAGUUAGCAGAAAGCAUGUUAUUGAGCACAGAACGAGCUUGGCUCAGACAGCCAACAGACAGCGGCAAAGCGAGGUCAAACGAGAAGAAACAUAGAAAUCCACAACCUAGUCCAGACUUUGCACAGAAUUAUCACCACAUGAAUGACUCUCCAGUUCUGGUGGAUUUGGAUCAGUCUGGAUCUGGUCAAGAGACUCAACCAGAGAGUAAUCAACUGAUUGACUUAACGAAGCCUGAAAGUACAACAGAAGAAACAAUGUUUGACAUUAGCAAAGAAAUACUGUCAAAUCUGAGCCUGGAAGGUCAGUGUAGCAAUCCAGAAGAGAGUCAGCUGGUGCCAGCAGACAUCUCUUCUGGAGCAAUCGCUGAGAGGUUUCUGGUGAGGACUACGACCUCUGCAGCAGCCGUGACAGACGUCUCUGUUCAGAAGACGAGUGAGGAGUUAUGGGUGACGUCUGAGGACAGCAUCACUUCAGCAACCAACAGAAGCUGUGAAUAUCUAACAGCAGUGGAUGGAAAUGACCAGCAGCAAAGUGAAACUUCACACUCUAAACAUGAUGACUUCACAAUGGAGGUUGUCCAGCCUUCUGUUGGGGUCUUGCAGAAUAAACGAGUUCCUGCUUUACAGCAGUCCAACACCAGCCUCAGUGCAGACUCAUCAUCCAGAGCUGGUGCAGGGCUGGAAUCCUUCCAAGGAAGCUUCAACUUACAACUAGAGGACAGUGACAUGUUCUCAGACCAAAACCUGGUGGACCACCACAAGACAGACACUCAGGAGGAAAGGCUGCUGUCCCAACUGCAGAUGGACGGCAGCUUUGACGUAAAUAAAUCACUUUCUGAGAGCAGAGCUAAAGAAACACUCCAGCAAAGCCACAACAACCUUUGUGCUCUCGAAGCAGAUGAAUCCACUGAGGACUCGAUUGUAACAACUAAAAAGAGAAAAGCAGCAGUGAUUUAUGAUAGUGAGGAUGAUGAUGACCAACAGGAGAAUGGACAACUGGGAGACUCUUUCCAGGCACUUGGAGCCUCCACACCGAAAUCAGUUCUGCCUGGUUCCAGUCCUCUCCGGUUAAGAAAGAGCUUUGGAGGCAGCAUCGCUGUAGCAUCACGUCAUUCACUCAUACGCUCCAUCAUUGUAGACCUGGACCACAGCAGCUGUGAUGAGGAGGAAGAUGAUGCAUCAAACAACGUUAGAGGCAACAUGUCUGUAGCAUCACCUCAUUCACCCGUACCCUCUAACAGUGGAGACCUGGACCACAGCAGCUAUGAUGAAGAGGAAGAUGAUGCAUCAGAGAAAGUUGAAGGCAACACCUCUGUAGCAUCACCUCAUUCACUCGUACCCUCUAACAGUGGAGACCUAGACCACAGCAACAGAGAUGAAGAGGAAGAUGAUGCAUCAGAAAGAUUGUCUGAGGAAGCUACAGAAGUGGACAUAAAUGGUUCUUCUGAUGAUGAACUGGAGGACAGUACAGGAAAGACGUUAAACACAGAGGAAGAGAUGAGUGAUGAUGAGGACUACUCUGCGUCAGCAGAUCUUUUGGACAAGUCAUCGCCCAGCCAGGAAGCUAGUAGCAUCUUUGAGGAAUCAACCAACGAGCUAGAGCUAGCUUCCACAGAGAGAAUGGAGCAGUGCGCUGUUGAUGGAGAUAUUGGAUCUGAUGCAGUGCUAGACACCAUCAAAGCAGAGGACAAAAAUGAGUCUCUGGUUGGAAGAGGAAAGGAAUGUUACAGCAGUGGGAAUCUGGAAGAGGCCCUGAGCUUCUUCCUGAGAGCUAUUGACAUUAAAUCUGGAGACCCUGAAAUUCAGAGUCUGACCACUCAGCUGUACUGCCAACUGAGUCAGAGGACCUAGGAAACAAGCUGAGCGAUACCGUGACAGAAAGGGGUCUUUCACAAUCUCAUCCUGUUUUGUUUUUUUGUUUUUUUUAAAUGUUAAGUUUAAUAUAAUUAUAGUCAU